AUGGCCAAAGUGAGUGUGCCAGGGGCUCCUUGUCCAGCCCUUGUAAAGGCUGGCCCUUCCAUGCCCUCUCCCUUGCAAAUUGUCUUUGACCAGCUGGAAAUUUUUGGCUGUCACUUGAACCUGAAUCCUGGACAAAGCCUAACAAUAGUGGGAGACACAUUACCUGAUGCCAAGUACUCAGGGAUUCUCCGAGGGGUGGGUUUCCAAGGCUUUGGGCCCCAUGGCAGUGAUGGAGAUGUAACCUCGAUUUCCAGUUUUGUAAUCAAUUUGGGCCAAGAUGAGAUGAACAUUGACCUGCACUUCACUCCGCGCUUCAACCACUUGGGUGAACGAAACGUCAUCGUCCUUAACAACCGUGUUAACAACAAAUUUGGCAAGGAACAGAGAGAGAUCCACUUCCCCUUUCGGAAGGGGGCCAGUGAGGAGAUUGUCAUAGAAUUUCAAGGAAAUGUCUUUGUGGUGACGCUGUCUGAUGGCAAACAGAUGCUCUCUUUGGAGGCCAAGGGGCUAACUCUCACCCAGACCCAGACUAUGGCCUGCCCUCCAGAAUGGGCUGGGGGCACAUUCCUCUUCUUCUUCAUCCCUGCACCCUCAUCUUCCAAGCCCUUGCAAGAGUUGCCCCCUUCCUCCCCCCCCACCACCACCUUGAAACUGUCUGCUAUACCUGGUUGCUGGUCCAAGGUCUUUGACAAGCUGAGAUUUGAUCUUCGGGACAUUAACCUCCAACCUGGGACACGUGUAGUAGUAAAAGGAGACAUACUGCCUGAAGCUAAACAAUUGAAAAUUAACCUGGGCCAGGAUGAUCUUAACCUUGGCCUGCACUACAACCCACGCUUUGACUUUGCUAAUAGUUACAGCGUUGUUGUCUGCAAUAGCAGGAAAGGGGGCACGUGGGAAAUAGAACAAAGAGUGACCGACUUCCCAUACGUGCCAGGGACCACGGUGACGGUUUCCAUAACCUUUGAAGAAGAUCUGUUUAGAGUGAGGCUGCACGAUGGCCAUGAAUUCACUUUCCCCAAUCGCCUUGACUUAAAAAAAAUAAACUUACUGGGAUUUGAUGGGGACUUCAAUGUUAGAAGGGUGGACUUUGAAUGA